AUGUCGUCAUCGUUAAAGCCCUCCACAGUCGCCGCCAUCAGCGUCGGCACCGUCGUCACGGGCUUCCUUGCAUACGCCGUCUACUUUGACCACAAGCGACGAAACGACCCCGACUUCCGCAAGCAGCUCAAGCGUGAAUCCAAGAGGACGCAGCGUGCCGCAAAGGAGCAGGAGGAGGCGCAAGGAGCAGAACAAAAGAAGGCCAUCCGGGAAGCAGUGGCCAGUGCGAACGAGGAGGGGUUCCCCAAGGACCCGGAGGAAGUAGAGGCAUACUUCAUGCAAGAGGUCGCGCAAGGCGAGGGAAUGGUCCAGAAGGAUUCGUUCCCAGGCGCGGACAAUGUCGAGGCGGCGCUAUGCUUUUACCGCGCAUUGAAGGUCUACCCGAACCCGAGAGAGCUCAUCAACAUCUACGACAAGACCGUUCCCAAGCCCGUACUCGACAUCCUCGCCGAGAUGAUUGCAGUAGACACAUCCAUCCCCGUCGGCGGUAGCAAGACGCCGUCUGAGAGCGGAUCUGCUGGCGACCUCGAGUAA